CACCGGAGACACUCCAUUUCUACCCACAUAUCCCCCAUUAUAUACAUGCCAUAGCUCACAAUAUGUUUCCUCAGAUUCUAUUCCCCAAAAUGCCUUCUUUCUCUUCCACCUAAACGAUGCUAUAUCCUCUCUGUUCAUCGCCGCCCAUUUCACCAUAGCCCCAUACCUUCAAUUCCACUUCAUCAUCAUCGUCGUCGUCAUCAUGAUGGUGUGUUGUUCUUCAAGCUGAAUCCGAGCUUGUAUGGCAUAUUAGUGAAUGUGAUGGAAUUGCAACCAUAGAGGACGAUGAUGAAGAAAAUAAGUGUCUUGUCUGAAUGGGGAUCAUGUGUGGCGAAGCUGAAAGGGUUGCCAUUAAUGGGAAUUAUAUUUAUAGUGAUGCUAUUUUUUGUAUACAGGACAACUGAUUUUCAGUAUCAAAGGACACAGCAUUCUAGCAUGGCUAGCAAAAGACUAAAAAGUUUGCCUCAUAGAGCCAGUGAACCUAGAUCAGAUCUUGAAUUAAAGCCUCUAUGGUCAAUGAGUUCUUCAAAGGUUGAUGUUCUUGGAGCUCACAACUUGUUGGCAAUGCCAGUUGGCAUUAAGCAGAAGGAUAAUGUUGACAAGAUUGCUCAAAAGUUUCUUUCAGAGAAUUUCACAAUCAUAUUGUUCCAUUAUGAUGGUAAUGUAAGUGGCUGGUGGGAUCUGGCAUGGACUAAGACGGCCAUUCAUAUAGUGGCUCACAACCAAACAAAAUGGUGGUUUGCAAAGCGUUUUCUGCACCCAGCUGUUGUAUGUAUUUAUGAAUACAUAUUCCUAUGGGAUGAGGAUUUGGGUGUCAAGAAAUUUCACCCUGGAAGAUACCUUAGAAUUGUGAAGUCAGCUGGACUGGAGAUAUCUCAGCCAGCUCUAGACCCAAAUUCAACUGGCAUACACCACAGAAUCACCAUACGACGGAGAACAAAGAAGUUUCACAGAAAAGUCUAUUAUGACAGAGGUAGUACAAAAUGUUCUGAUGAAAGUGAAGGUCCUCCGUGCAGUGGGUUUGUGGAAGGAAUGGCUCCAGUCUUUUCAAGGUCUUCAUGGCAUUGUGUCUGGCAUCUUAUUCAGAAUGAUCUUGUUCAUGGAUGGGGAAUGGACAUGAAGCUCGGUUAUUGUGCACAGGGGGAUCGGACGAAAAAGGUAGGUGUUGUUGAUAGUGAAUACAUAGUUCACCAAAGCAUUCAAACUUUGGGUGGGGCGUCAUCUAAAAAGGCUUUAGAUCCUCAUGUGUCAAUGAAGAGGAAUCCUGUUGAUGCCAGAUAUGAGAUACGGAAGCAAUCGGCGUACGAACUGCAACUGUUUGAAGAAAGGUGGCACAGAGCAGUGGAGGAGGAUAAGAGGUGGGAAGAUCCCUAUAAACUCGCCCCAAAAAUCAAGCACCUAUGAAGGUUUGAACAGCAAGAGCAAUGCCAAUUCUCUGUUAAUAUCCGGGAACAAACUUCAGUUUCUCUCUUGUAAAAAAGUAGUGUUUUGUCCAUCAUAAUCUUCUAGUUUACUAUUAUGAAAGACAUGGCCAUGUGUUAUUGGGAAAUCAGGAGGAAAUACAAAGUAGCGUAGCAGCGUUAGAACGAGUGGUAUACGAAAGCGAAGAAGACUUGAUAAAUGUAUUCAAAAUAUUGUUAUUAAUAACAUAACACACUAAUG